CUAUAAACACGUAGUCAUGAUUCUGUUAAAGUAGUUACGAAUCCACAACUUUCCCAUCAUUCAUUCAUCACUGCAUUCCUUGCGUUACCGAAUAAUUUUCCACCGCCAUACACCUGAAAACACUUCUCCACCACCAAGCUCCACCGCAUUGCAGUCAUGUCCCACGGCGGAACCCUUCCCCAGGAUAUGAUCACCGAGAUACUCUCUCGACUGCCCGUCAAAUCUCUUUGCCGUUUCAAAUGCGUUUCUCCCUCAUGGAAAAUCCUGAUCUCUUCCCCCUAUUUCGCCAAAACCCACCUCAACCGAACCAAAACCCUUAAAAACCCUAGAAACCUCAAUAAAAAAAUCCUCCUCAUGGCCUACAAUCUCUACUCCGUUGACCUCGCCCACACGAAUCCGACCGCCACAAAGCUUAUUCUCCCCACGGCGGAACAACGACUACAGCAUCAGGUACGCGUUGUGAACUCCUGCGAUGGUUUGGUGCUACUUUCAAUUCGACGCGGCUCCGAGUUGUUCUUGUUGAAUCCAUCCACCAGAGAAUGCAAGAAACUCCCCAUAUUUCCUUUUGUCGUCGAUUCUGCUGAAUAUCUGGACGCGAAUCUUUACGGCGUGGGAUACGAUUCUUCCACGGAUGAUUACAAGGUCGUGAUUGUCUCCCGGAAAAUCGUGGCCGUCUAUUCACUGAGAACUGAUUCUUGGAGGAGAAUUCAGGACGUUGAUUUUUCCCUUAAGGAGAGCAGUGGUAGGGUUUUUGUUAAUGGAUGUCUCCAUGGAAUUUGUUGGAGGGAUAGUUGUCAUAGGAUUGUUGCUUUCGAUUUGUCGGAUGAGGUUGUAAGGGAAGUUCCACAACCGCCUUGGUAUUGUGGAAUUGGAUCCGAGAUUGCGUCUUAUUGGGUUGCAGUUCUUGGGGGUUGUCUCUGUUUGGUUGACAAGCGGGCGCCUGAGUUUUGGAAGAUGAAGGAGUAUGGGGUACGAGAGUCGUGGACGGAAUUUAAGAUCCGGUCCGGGUUGUUUAAAGCUCAUUUGUUGUGUUUGUUAGCGGAUGACGAAUUCUUGUUGAGAACCACUCCGGGGAGAGGACUUAAGCAAUGGGUUGUCUACAAUCAGCAAAAGAACACGGUGAGGAACAUGGUGGUCUGUGGCAUUCCAGAUCAGUUUUCGUUUCAGGACACCUAUGUGGAGAGCCUCAUCUCUCCUCAUCAUGGAGGACAGGAGGAGGGAAUGGGAGGCAAUGAAUGAGAAUUUUCUUUAGGUAUUUCGGUGAAAUACAAGUGGCUAUUGACUUCUUUUGUUGAUAAACAGUUGUGCGAGCUUCUAUAUUUCAACCUUUUUGGAAGUUGUACAUCAUUUUCAUAGAUGUGUUAUGGGGAUGUUGUCAGGUGUUCAUGCUCCAA